AUCAAUAACAAUGAAAUAAAAUGAUCUGGAUGGCCGGAUCCGGCCCCUGGGCCUUGACGUUGGCACACGUGGUCUAUACAUUUACACAUGGUUUUCUGAAUUGGGGUCAACCUAGCCUCAAAUAUUAAAGUGUACUCAUGUUCAAUCUGUUGUAUAUCAUAGGAAUGAGAUUUAUUUUCUUCCCUCUUUUCUCCUUCAGAAUCGACUUGAAUGACGUUGAUCAUGUUAACGGUUGAAAAGUUACAUUAUGUUAAAAAUGUGUUCUCAGACGACACCUCAGGCAGUAAAGGGUUAAAAACAGGCUAAUUCUGUUGAAUUUGGUCACUGAUUUUAAAAUAUAAAAACUGAAGCACCGUUCUGUAUCUCCAGAGAGAUACUUUCCAUUGGAUCUCUCACAGCUGAAUGUUUACUGUACAGGAGGACAGUUUCCCAUGAGCCUCUUGUGUUGUCCCUCUGCUCUGGUUUGACUGUGGAUCUCUUAACGAGAUUAUCUAUUCUCAGGACAGAAGAAAGGCAGAGGAAGCAGUGAACCCACAACACGCUGGUUCAUUUCAUCUGAAAGGAAAGGGCUGCCUCUCAUGAAGAGUAUUUGAAGUAUUUCUUUGUCCUGCACGGCUUUCUUUGGAGUUUCUGGUGUGACCGGUGGAUGACGCACUGAUGAGCCUUAAGGCUGACACAGAGACAAGGCGCCACAAGCUGUCCAUUGAGCCAGACAGUGAUGACAGCGAAGAAGAUGGAAGCAGAGAAGGGACGCCGCUAUCAGGCUGGAAUGAGCUGUCCAUCAUAGAGCGAGUCGGCCUCAACAGUGUGGACAUGUCAGAGAAGGAUCUGGAGGUGGCGUUUUCUCAGAUCGCUCUGGCCUUCCGCUGUGAUCAGUACACGCUUAAGCAGAGGCUUCAGGCCGAGGAGCAUGCACGCAACCUGGCAGAGGAGAACAUUCAGCUUGAGCUGAGCAGAGGGAGGGAGACCCUGGAGAUGCUGAAGGGCCUCUGCCUGGACAGCAAACGCAGCACCAUCCUGCAGAAGCUGCAGUUGUCUCUGGACAUACUUGGGGGGACAGUGGAGCGAAUCUCCAACACGGCAGAGGUGCUCGGUGCUGUGCACCAGGAGGCUCGGAUGAGUCGCGCAGUGGAGCUCAUGGUGGCUCAUGUGGAGAGCCUGAGGAGGCGUCAUGACAAAAACGUAGCAGAACUGGAAGAAAUGAAGAAGAUGAUGCAGCAGCAUCCAAGCUCCUACAGAAAUAGCAUCAAUCCGGCCACAUCCCCAGGUUGUUUUUUGUGUAUUUUUAUUUAUUUGCAUUGGUCUGUUGCACAUUCUGACUCUGGCCUUCUUGUUGCAGAGCCAGAAGAAUGCGACAUAAUGAAAAACUCCAAACAAGGUGUUUUACGUCGGCGAAUCAGUGCAUCAAUCAUGUCCUGCCAGAGUCAGGAGAAGAAGAAAAAAGACCCAAGAAAGCGAGGCUUCUCUGGUAAGAAGCUGACUCCUUCAUGCUCGUCUCCAUCCCUGAUGCUGGAGUCCGGCCGUAUCACUAAAGACGACAGGCAACCUAAUCAAGAUCUUCCAGAAGCAUCAGCUCCUGAGCCCGCUCUGGAACCCCCUCCAACCCCCAAACCAGAGGUCCCCCAACCAGAACAAGUGAUCCCCAAAACGACACAGAGCAAAAAUGUGGCCCUGGAUUCUUUACGCCUCAGACACAAGGGCAAAGACGAUCGGCCAAUCAGAGGAAGGGAAAAGAAAUCUCCCAGCAUCCUCAGACAAAUCUCCAUGUAUGGAUCCCUGUGCUGGCAACACCCCCUGGCUCUCAGGCUGUAUCGAUGCAGAUGGACGCAUCCGUGUUUGAACGUGCUCGUGCUUUUCUGCGUCGUGAUGACAAUUCUUUUCUUGUGGAAGCUUUUUGAUGGAGAUCCGUGAUAAGAUGUUCUUCUGCAAAAGAUGUCUGUGGAUGUUUUCUCCUUUGUGCACGAUGAUGAAAACACGAGGAUGCAAUACUUCUGA